UUUAGGGGGUAUGUGGAAAAGUUCGUGUGUCUGUAAACAGUGUCGACAUUUUCUUCCCCUAUUUCAGAAACAAUAACUCCGGUGCAGGCGUGGCCUGAGGGACGCGAGCAGCAUCCAUGAUUCAGCUUCCUGCGGGUGGCUGGAUGGUGUCGGCGGCUCUGCAGGGAGGGUCGUGGCACGGGUGUUGUGGCAGCCCAAGGACCUCCUGUCGUCUUUAUUCAUAAGUCACACACUCCUUCGCACCUGCUGAGCAUCCUCCGUGCAUACUUCCAGAUGGGAUGGUGCAGCGGGAACGUUUCCGCGGCAACACAUCAUUUCGGACGAAUGCCACAAGCCAAGUGUUUGUGGUAAGAGUGUAGGGACAAUGGGCGAGACUCUCAUGAGGGCGGUAACAGGAGCUGGGCUCGGCGGAGACCUGAGCCGGCCUGGCCAACGCCCCGCCCUUCUUGGCUACUCCACUGUGGCGAUUGGACAUCCUCGUUGGCAGGAGCACCACGUCAAAAUUCAGGGCAGAAAGACGCUUUUGGCUGCAUUCUUCGACCCAACUUGAACCAGUACGUGUCUAAUUAUACCUGCAGGAGGGCACGGCGCGGGUAGCACGACCUUAGUCUGCCCGAAGUCCCCGCAAACCCUCUGCAGCAGCCUGUGGUUCCGCUUCCUCCGUGCCGGCGCACCUCCCCGCCGCUCUCCUCCUCCUCCUUCUCCUCUACUCUUGAACUGACGGACUCUCUUCCCUGAUCUGUGUUCGGUCAUUAGGCAAGAUGACGUUCUGGCAGGAGAAUUAUGGCUUCGUUAAGGACGUGUAUGACUUCCGCCUCCAGAAGUACCAGGAGUGGAUGGACAACCUGGAGGCUAUCGUGUCCAAGGUCAUGGCCCCCAACGUUCAGUACACCUACAAGGAGUUCAAGAUGAUCAAGGAUAGCCUGGCCUCUCUGUGCCGUGACCUGGAGAAGGAGGGCAUGAAGGAGUGGCUGGACCUCAUGCUGGAGAAGAUCGCCAUGAGGGUGUCGGACGAGUGCGCCAUCAGCACUAAAGACAAGGAGUUCAAGAAAGUGGAGAAGAAGAAGCUGCAGGCGCUCAUCGACCGACACACGGGACUGCUGCCUGACACAAAGGAGACUCAAAAGAAGGUGGAAUUGUAUGCCCGUUGUUACGCCUACGGAGACGAUAUAACUCCCUGCCUUAAGACUCUGGAGGAGAUGCGACACCUCUCGGUCAAGGAAAUCCACCCACACAACUUGAACAUGCUGGAGGAGCAGAUUGAGAAGGCGGAGAAGGUCAUCGCCACUGUGGACUCCCAGAAGGACCAUUACGAGGACUUGAUGAAGCGCGGAAAGAAGCUGCUGCAGAACCCCAACAAGGCGCCCUUCCUCACGGACCUGAUCAACAAGAUGGAGAAGACGUGGAUCGAGGCUAGCAAGCAGUCCAAGAUCCGCCAUACGAUGCUGACCGAAACCGCCAAGGAUUGGGAGAAGUACGACGAACUACGCAGCGCCAUCAUUGAGCCGCUGGAGAAGUUAGAAAACGAACUGAAGCGUUACAGGAAGUUCUACGACCCCGCGAUGGGCCUGAAGAAGCUGACGCAGAAGAAGGCCAUCCUGGAGCAGAACAAGAAAAUCGCAGAUGAGAUGUUUGCAGGCAUCCAGAAUUGCUACAAGACCAUCAUUGUGCUCGCCGGCGAGGAUAAGAAGGAUUUCCUCGACAAGGAGGUUAGUGAGGUGGAGGAAAAACGGGAGGUGAUCGGUAAAUGCAUCGAGACUCUUACUAUGCUCGAGGAAUACAACAGCGCCCUGACCAAGGCCGUGAACCACGCCAAAGAGCUGCAGGCCUGGGCCGGCCCUACCAACAUCAAGCUGAAGGAGAUCACCACCGAUGCCAAUCUAAGUCCAGAGGAACGCGUGAAGGAGAUCCUCAUCCUGAAGGACCAGUCGAGGGAGAGGCAGCCACAAGUUGAUAUCCUCGACGAAGACUACAAAAAAUUGCUGUCAGAGGAUGCCCUGGAGAAGUCUGAGACGGCCAAGAAUACCAUGCAGACGUGGGAGGACAUCAAGGUGGUCGUGGUGGAUGUGUGCAACGAGGUGGAGAAAGAAGCGGGAUCCAUCUCUGCCGACCAGAAGUUCUACGCUGAAUAUCUCUGCGCUAUCAAGAGCUACAAGCCUUGGAUGGAGGCCACGGAGGCCAUGUUGAAGCUGCCGUUGCCCAAGCCCGACUCACUGGACAGUGCCGUCGCCCUCCUGGAGUCCUGCAAGGCUUUCGACGCCGAGUGCCUGGUGAAGAAGGAGAAGCUGGACGAGGCGGGUAAGGCUCGUGACGCGAUGGAAAAGGCCAGCAACACCGAGAACGAGGUGGCGGCCCUGUCUGUCCGCUGGGAGGCUGCCAAGAAGGUGGCGGAGGAGCGCGUCGAGAAGGCCCAGGCUCUCGUCACCACCUGGCAGGAGCUGAAGAAGACGACGGAGGAGCUGACGGGGAAUAUGGCGUUCAUACCGGCGAAGGAAGACCCCAGCCUGGAGGACCUGGAGAAGACCUUCGCCGCCGUCAAGGAGCUGUUCGGCAAGAAGAAGGAGCUCUUGGCCGCCGUGUAGGUUGUGGUUGCUCUUCGUAGUCACCAGGUGUUCAAAAUCAAUAUGAUGUCAUUUUUCUUCUCGCCCUCAGCUUGUAUCGAUUGUUUAAGAUUAAUGUUUAGUUUUGUUCUGUUAUCUCAUCUCCCUCUCGUGUUUUUCUCUCUCUCUCUCUCUCUCUCUCUCUCUCUCUCUCUCUCUCUCUCUCGACGCCAUGGAUAAUCCAACUUUCAUGAUUUUUCGCAAUCUCGACGCCGCUGUCAGCCGGUGGUUGCACUGCAGGCGGCGGACGCUACACAAACUUCAUUAACUCUCUUUGUUUUACUUUUCUUCGUAUCCGGUGAGAGGAUUAAGGAGAAGUAUUUUCCCUAGGGUGUCUGUCUGUCCGUGUGUGUGUAUGUGUGUGUGUGUGCGUCUUCAUGUCCGUUCGUGUGCGUUGGCUGUGUGUUUUUCGCUUUUUUUCGUCCAUCCGUUCGCCCGUCCGAUGUUUCAAAAGUUUCAGGCUCACGCGGGGCGGAGGCAUCCCUGGGGCCGCAGUGCCGAGGGUGUAAAGCUGAGGAUCUGUCUUAUUUCUUCGUUGCCUUCCAACACAACACUCAUUUUGCCUUUCCAGCUUGGUAUUUUCUGUUUUUUCGUCUCUCUCCCACUUAGUAAUGACGAUAUAUGUAAGAAAUAAAGUGGUGGGGUUAAAAAUA